GGGUCGCAUCGGUUGCCGACGACGGAAAGGGAAAAGUCACAGGCGAUCCCCAUUCCCUUCCGGCCGGCCAUCCCCAUCGCAUCGGCGCCGCGGCGGCGAAGAAGAGAAGCAAUCGCAGCAGCGGAGAUGGGCGUGAUGGGGAGGCUCAGGAUCUUCGUGGUGCAGGAGCCGGUCGUCGCCGCAUCCUGCCUCAUCGCCGGCUUUGGUCUUUUUCUUCCAGCUGUUGUCAGGCCCAUCUUGGAUUCUUUUGAGACUGCCAAACAAGUUCCUCAACCAGCUCUAAGUGAUGUGGUUGCUGGUGUAACAGGCAAGAAAUGAGAGUGAUUUUAUUUUAUUUCUUUCCUUUUAUGUGUGUUGGACUUGUGAUGUGGAGCAUUGUUGUUUCUUAGUUUUACACCUUGAUGAUAAGCCUCUUAGACUAUCGCCACGUGCACUCAGUACUUCCAGAGGUUCAAGACCAGGACGAGUCCUCAUGUUUGUUGAAAUAAAUGGUUGCAAUUGAAAGAUGUUUCUUUUUUUCUUGGCCCACUGUGGUAUGAGAAAAUGACAGAAAAAAAUGAUGAACAUUCUUUGCCCUCUGAAUAUUGUGAUGUUUUGUCUGUUUAAGACAA